UCUUUGUUGUCGUUGGUGCUGUUUGAUAUGUGCUGUAGAUUUUGGUGGCGCUGUAACACGGAUGACAACCAUCUAGCCUGGUAACCCGUCGCAGCGGCAACAGCAGUUUUUCAACGGAGGAGAGUGUAUCUGCGACGGCGAAGGGGAGCAAGGAUUCACGGCCUCAAUAAUGGCUACGGAAACCACAUCGUCCUGUACUGGCUCCAAUUUACUGCAGCCGAUAAGCGAGAUUAUCAAUCUUCCUCUAGACCAGGUGAACUUUGUGGUGUGUCAGCUGUUUGCCCUGUUGACAGCCUUCUGGUUCCGUCUGUAUCUCCACCCCAGUAAGACCAGUCCCUUCAUCAGACAUGUGGUGGCCACGCUACUGGGCUUCUACCUGGCUCUCUUCUGCUUCGGCUGGUACGCCUUACAUUUCCUUGUCCAGAGUGGCCUGACCUACAGUAUCAUGAUGUUCGCUGGGCUGGAGCACAUGCACAAGUUGUGCUUCAUAGUGGCUCUGGGCUACCUCAGUUUCUGCCAGAUCACCCGGGUUUACGUGUUCGACUACGGCAUGUACUCUGCAGACUUCACCGGGCCAAUGAUGGUCAUCACUCAGAAGAUCACCAGCCUUGCGUUUGAGAUACAUGACGGUUUGGCGAGGAAGGAGGAGCAGCUGACCCCCAGUCAGAGAUGCCUAGCUGUAAGGAGGAUGCCCAAUCUGCUGGAGUACCUGAGCUACAACUGUAACUUCAUGGGCAUCCUGGCCGGGCCCACCUGCUCCUACAAUGACUACAUGGCCUUCAUCGAGGGCACGGCCUACCAGCCUCGCCACCUGGAGACCAAUGGAAAAGAGAACGGGAAGUACAAGCACACAGAGCCCUCGCCCAAGAAUGACAUUAUCUCCAAACUUUGUACCUGUGCCAUCUCCCUGGCCAUCUUCCUGUCCGUAUCUAAGCUUUGUCCGGUGGAGCGCUCCAUCGACGACAAGUUCAUCGCCUCUACCCCCUUCAUCCUCCAGAUCCUCUACCUGUACUUCUCCAUGUUGGCCACCCGGCCCAAGUACUACUUCAUUUGGACCCUGUCUGAUGCCAUCAACAACGCUGCAGGCUUUGGCUUCAAUGGCUACAACAAAGAUGGCACCCCAAGAUGGGACUUGAUAUCCAACUUGAGAAUACUGGACAUUGAGUUUGCCACCAGUUUCAAGAUGUUCCUCGACAACUGGAAUAUCCAGACAGCACUAUGGCUCAAAAGGGUGUGCUAUGAGCGCUGUCCCAUCAACCCCACGGCGGCAACCUUCCUACUGUCGGCCAUGUGGCACGGAGUGUACCCCGGGUACUACCUCACCUUCCUCACCGGCAUCAGUAUGACCAUGGCAGCACGGGCACUAAGACACAACAUCAGACCCUACUUCCUGGGUUCAACGACACACAGGAGCAUCUACGAUGUCAUCACCUGGGCGGGGACUCAGAUCGCCAUCUGCUACACGGUGGUGCCAUUCGUUCUAUUGGCCGUUGGGCCGUCACUCAAGUUCUACAGGUCAUGGUACUACUGCAUACACAUAGCCUGCCUGGUGCUUGUGUUAGCCCUUCCAGUGAAGCCCCGGCACCUCCGCAUCAAGGAGGAGCAACAGCAGCAGAACAGCCUACAGGGGGGGUUGACCGAAGACCACAACAGCCACUCCAUCACAGACAACAACUGCAACCAGAAACACAAAGCCACAUGAUACCUAGGAGGAAGCCCCUCCCCCCCACACCUCAGUGCUCAAACAACCGGCACAGAGAGAACAGAACUCUGCUCGAACACUGAGACAAAGUGCGGCAAUUCUUUGAGACCACAAAGAACCCAAAAAAUUGACAAGAACACCGGCAUAACCGACAAUAACAAACACAAAUAACAACAACCAACAACAACAACCUGUCAAACCUUCCAGUAGCGAGGAAAGACCGCAAAUCAUGCUUUGGAGAAAUGAGAAGAAAUGUGAGGACUGGAUAGAGAGAGUGGUAUCUGAGGGCCACCAAAUGGCUAGGAUCUAAUGAGCGAAAAUAAUGACAUUAGCGAUGAUGCUAACGGUGCAAUGCUAAUCGACAGAAUGCCGAAGACUCUGAAGUUGCCUUAAACCCUCUAUGUACUGCUAGCAGGUUAGCGGCCAGGCUAGGUGCAUAUUCUGCAGGGUGAGAAUGGUUGUGUUGAGGGGAGAUCUUGUGACGUUGGGAAAUGAAGCAGUUGUAGUAGGACCUCCGCCAUGUAGAGGGCGCUAUACAGGCUAGUCAGACAUGUAUCUAGAGGGUUUUUGUCAGUGUCCGAAAAGGAUGUAACCUCUACUAGAAAAAGAGGCGUUGUAGAAAAGUGAGAGAAAUAUAUGAAAGAAAUAUAACUUUUGUCUGAUGCCAACUCCAAGCAGGCCGCCUUAGGAUCUUCUAAGCAUUGUUUGAUUACUGUCACUUUUAUUUUUUUUCAUAUCUGCUGCUUUUUUGGAAUGAUACUCUUUCUAUAGAAAUGAGGGUGCAUUACAAAAUAAGUGUAUUCACGGUGACUGUUGAUUUAGAUUAAUUGUUUUUAAGGGCUUUUUUGACAUGGGUUUAAUUUCCUACUGUAAUUGAUUACAAACUGUAGGUUUCCUCUAGGUUCAGAUGUCUUGCUCUGUAGCAUCCGUUACAAGUUCAGUACUGUUAAAGUGGUUUGAAAUCUACGACUGUUAGAUUUACUUUCUGAAAAGUUACUUAAAUAAAAAUCUCUCUUUGUUUUUGAAUCCAUAGCCUCUAAAUGAAAUGCAACAAACUGUAUUGUGACCAUACUGUAUGAGUAAUCAGAUAUAGGAUGUGAUGAUUAAUAUCACACUAACUGAAGCUUAACUGUAAAGUAAAUUUAUGUUUCUAAAGCUACAGAGCUACACUGUAGUCCAAAUGAAGCUGACUUGGAUGUGUCUGAAUUACCUUUCAGUAACACUAAAGGUUGGGCAAUAUGUGUUUGACGUUUGGGAAACCUACUGUAUGUAAUAUUAUUUGGAAAUAAUGGAAAAAUUAACAUUAUUAUUAUGUUUCAAGUUUUUAUUAAUCAUAUGUACAGGAUACACAUGGUAUACACCAUCCAAUGAAAUGCUUACUUGCUUACUUAAUUCUUAUGCUCCAAUUAUGAAGCAUAACUCGUAUGCUCAAUUGUUUUGUGACCCUCUUAGUAAACAAAAUUAUAUUCCAAGCCAUAUCCCAGACAUAAGCCACAACCCAAGAGGUUCCAUCAUUACUGUAAUGUGGGAACCACUGGGGUAAGAGAUACAUCUGGUGGGUCCAACCAACUCUUCUACGAGGGGGGUGUUAAUUGUGGUGCAGAGGACAGUCCAUGAGCAUAACCAGAACGUGUGUAGGCUAAGGUUCCACAGUGCCCUGUUUCUGCAGAGGUAUGGACAAGGGCGUACUGGGAUGAGAAAUCGUCCAUGGCAUUUCUAACACUCCUCGAGGCCCAUUUCUUUCCGGCCCAUUUCUUUCCUUGAAGUCCCCAUUGUUAGCCAGAUAAUUGCCAUUUUGUGCAACAAAAAAAAGUUACACAGGCCCACUGGGCUUAAAAUGGACCAGCCCAUCUGGCAGUCGGCCCCUGGGUAUGGAACAUUCCAUUUCAUACAGUGUAGGCAGCCAUUUAACAUCUUUUUGACCAUACAACAUUUAUUAGAUGGUAAUACUUGGAUUAGUACUGUAGUACAACCAAAAUGGCAGCCAGUGAACCAGUUUUGGGGGCUUUCUUUUGUGAUCAUGAGUAACAAUGCAGCAGAUUUGGGUUUUCCAAUGUAAUCUUUCUUCAUCUUGUUUUUCUAACAUGUGCAUACUCCUUCCAUAAAUAGUGUAUUUAUGUGAUUUUUUUAGAUGUUCAUGUGGUCUGAGUGUAUUUGUAGCCAAGGCGUAAUGCCUGAUGAAAGGAAAGGGAUGCUACCUUUACCAACUAGUUGAAAAUUGCACUGCAUGGCCACCCAAAUCUAGCCUGGUUAAACUAGACUGAACACUAUGCUCACAAUUGUUUGUGCAACAUCGUGUGGUUUAUCCAGGCUACCCCAAACCAGCAGAUAAAUCCAAACUGCUCCAUAUGUCCAAAGUGCCAAGUCAUAAACGGCCCAUAUACCUAUGUGAAAAUAUUGUUAUUUUUGUGUCUAGAAAGAGAACUUAAUGAAAGAUUUGUAUAAGUCCUAUGGAAAAAAAACAACUGAUUUUAUGUCGUCAAAUAAAAUAAAAAAACUUUUUUUAACACUAA